ACAAGCUUUCUUUCUAACAGUUACUGAUCCACCACCGAUAACAAUGGCAUUAACUUCGCUUUAUUCCCAACGCCCCCAUCUCUGUAACAACGACAUCGUUUCACUCCCAAGUAGAACUAGUAGUACGCAUUUAUGUCCUAAACACACUACGCUCACUUUCAAAAAUACUAGUACCUUCUUUGGCUCCAAAUUGCCCGCCAAACCGAUUUCGGUUUCAUUAUCAAAUCAUUCAACCCGAACCGUACCGGUUAUAACAGCUUCUUCUCAUACUUUCGAUGUAGUCAUCAUUGGUGCUGGAAUAAUCGGGUUAGCUAUUGCCCGGCAGCUUCUGAUCGGGUCGAAUCUGUCCGUUGCUGUUGUCGAUAAAGCCGUCCCUUGCUCUGGUGCCACCGGUGCAGGGCAAGGCUACAUAUGGAUGGCGCACAAGUCGCCCGAGAGUGAUAUGUGGGAGCUCACAAUGCGAAGCCACAAUUUAUGGAAAAUGCUUGCUGAUAGCAUCCAUGAUCAAGGCUUGAAUCCGCUCGAGGAGUUAGGCUGGAAAAAUACUGGAAGCUUAUUAGUAGGAAGAACACCGGAAGAGUGUGAGGCAUUGAAAAAGAGGGUAAAGAAGCUUUCUGAAGCUGGAUUGAAAGCGCAGUAUUUGUCUGGUCAAGAUUUGCAUUUGGAAGAACCUGCAUUGCAGGUUGGAGAAGGUGGCGGGGCUGCCUUUUUUCCGGAUGAUUGUCAACUGGACGCCCAUCGUACUGUCGAAUUUAUUGAAAAGGCUAAUAGACAUUUUGCAUCAAAAGGGAGAUAUGCAGAGUUCUAUCACGAUCCAGUGGAGAGUUUAUUGAGAUCUUCUAGCAGUGGGGAGAUUGAAGCUGUUCAGACUUCCAAGAAUACUUUGUACAGUAAGAAGGCCAUUGUAGUUGCUGCUGGUUGUUGGAGUGGGACUUUGAUGCAUGACCUAUUUAGAGAAACUGUAUCUCCUUUAAAUGUCCCUGUUAAGCCUCGGAAGGGUCACUUGCUUGUGCUUGAGAACUUUGGGGCUCUUACAUUAAACCAUGGUGUGAUGGAGGCAGGUUAUGUUGAUCAUUAUGGUGCAGGUGUGAAAAGCAACAAUUCAGCUACACCACUGGUUGACUCUAGCAGAAAUUUGUCUAUUUCAAUGACAGCCACUAUGGAUGCCAUGGGAAACCUUGUUCUCGGUAGUAGCCGUGAGUUUUCAGGUUUUAACACUGAAGCAGAUCAAUCCAUUGUUGAUCACAUAUGGAGCCGGGCUGGAGUAUUCUUUCCUAAAUUAAAAGAGAUAUCCCUUAUGGACGUUAAUAAGAGCAGAAAACUGAGAAUUGGAUUACGCCCUUAUAUGCCAGAUGGUAAGCCGGUGAUUGGGCAUGUUCCUGAUUUUCCAAAUGUGCUGAUUGCAACUGGGCAUGAAGGCGGAGGACUUUCCAUGGCUUUGGGUACUGCUGAAAUGGUUGCUGAUAUGGUGUUGGGCAAACCUGGGACUGUCAAAAGUACCCUAUUUUCAGUUCAGGGUCGAUGUUGAUUUUACAGCAAAGAGAAGCACUGGAUGAUCGACAUGUUGACAGAGUGAGGAUCUUUGGGCUCUGUUUUUAGAAACCUCAUGGUCACAAGGAAUACAGUUUUGUUACUGUAGUAGCGGACAUAUAUAGGUAGAUUGCCCUACUGACAAGAUUGAGACAUAUAGUUUGUUGGGAUGACCUGCAAGGCUGUUUCCAGAUGCCGCUUUUCGGCUUUAUUCUCUUUUCUUUGCUUGGUGAGUGAAACAUAUUGGUCUGAUGAUUUUUUAGAUCGAAGAUUGAACACAGUGUUCUCUCGCACAUUUUUCUUCUGAUGAGGAUUUUUGGUCUUACCACAUGAGCUAGUCUAUGGAGAUGAGUUAAACACAUUGUUGAGUCGGAUUUUACCCGCCCACGAGUUGUUUUUUGCCGAGUUCUUUUAUCCCAUUUUCUUGUAGUUGCAUUUAAGAUGUAUGAUCCUUAUCAAUUAGGUAACGAAGUGCUAAAUUAAAGAUGAGUUUUAUUUUGUUAAA